AAAAAAAAAAAAAAAAGAAGAAAAUCUUAGAUAUGGCAGAUCAAAAGAGAGGUAGCAUUGCCUUCUUCGCCACAUAUCGACCACCGGUGCCACUCGACAUAUUCUCAUGCCCAAUUCCACCGACGUCGAAGAAAGAUGAGCUUCACAUGACCGACGGAGUGUCCUACAACUACAACGCCCAAGUCAUUCCACCAGCAGCGCUCAAGACGAUUCUCAAACGCCCAAAAGUUGCUUCAGAAGCCAAUGAGGACGACGUCGAUUCGGGUCGUCUCUCGGGCAUGAUCUUUGUCUCCGAACGAGGCAACCUCGAAACGCUUCACAUAGCUCUCCGCUUCAAUGACGAGACUGCACCAAAAGUAAAAGUCUUUAGUUUGGCUGAUGUUUUCGGUGCAGCCACAUUCAAUGGUGUUCGCAUGGAAGACAGUGGCUGCAUUGCUGGUGAUCAUCUCGUCUAUAUCACCACCAAGGACCCCGCUGAUCGUCAUCAACCCUGGACCGCCGUCUAUAAAACCAAUCUCGUGACUGGAGAAACCGACCGCCUCACCCCAUCAGAGCACUCUGAUUUAAGCCCCUCCGUGUCACCGUCCGGAAAGAAGAUAGCGGUGGCAUCAUUCCAGAGAAAGGGUGGUUGGAAUGGAGAGAUCGAGGAUCUAAAGACUGACAUUUUUGUGAUGAAUGUUGAGGAGCGGCUCGAACGCAAGUUGGUUAUAAAGAAUGGUGGGUGGCCGACCUGGGGAAGUGACAAUGUCAUAUUUUUCCAUCGGAAGGUUGAUGAAUUUUGGGGUGUGUUUCGAGCUGACAUUAGUGACGGCCAAACAUCUCGCGUGACCCCAGAAGAAAUUAAUGCGAUAACUCCGGCUGCCAUCAAUGCCACCACAGUUGCAGCGGCAACAAUUCGUCAAAAAUCACAAUUUAACGACGUCCGUGUAGAAGCACAAUAUCGACACAUUGAGAUUUUUGAUUCAACUGGACAACUACAAGAACCCAUACAAAUCACUCAGAAAACCAGACCAAAGGCUGACCAUUUCAACCCCUUCGUGAUAGACAAUGGUAAGCACAUCGGUUACCAUCGUUGCAAGAGCGACCUCCUUAAGUGUGGAGAGGAUAUCCCCAGACAGUUCCACAAGCUUGACUCUCCGCAUCCAGAUGUAGGAUUGUUUAGGGUGUCGGGAGUGUUUCCAACGUUUUCCCAAGACGGCUCCAAGCUCGCAUUUGUUGACAAUGAGUUCAAGGCCGUGUGGGUUGCUGAUAGCAAAGGGUUGCGUAUUGCUUACGAGACAAAAGGACCGGACAGCAUCUUCUCGCCGGUUUGGAACCAAGACACAAAAAAGGAUUUACUUUACGUAUGCAUGGGACCUUCUUUCAAUGCCGAAAAAAGACUAGACAUCUGCGCCAUCCCUGAAGUGUCCCGUUGCGCAAAACAUCGUCGGCAGCUCACAAUAGAUUUCAAUAACGCCUUCCCGUCCACCAAUCCAGAUGGGACAAAAUUAGUUUUUCGAUCUACAAGAGAUGGAGGAGAUGAAAGAUACAAGAACCUAUACAUAAUGGAGGACGCGGAAUCUGGGGAAUAUGGAGAUGGCAUAAUAACAAGGCUAACAAAUGGUCCUUGGAUUGACACACAUUGCCAAUGGUCCCCAAGAGGAGAUUGGAUAGUCUUCUCGUCAACCCGCGACAAGCCAGAAGAUGCACCGGAAAGUGACAAUGAUCUUGACCCUGGAUACUUUGCAGUGUAUUUGGUGAAGGCGAAUGAUCCGUCAGUGGUGGUAAGAGUGUUAGGAAGUGGAAGUGAUGUUGCAGGGCAUGUGAACCAUCCGAUCUUCAGUCCGGAUGGAAAGAGCAUCGUUGUAACCGCAGAUCUUGCUGCAGUGUCGGUUGAUCCCAUCUCUUUGCCACUCUUCUUGCACUCUGUGAGGCCUUAUGGAGAUAUCUUCACUAUCGACAUUGAUCCAGACGACAUAUAUAUGAACGAGGAUGUGGAGAAGUGCAAUCGCAUCACACAUAGUAGAUACGAGAAUUCCACUGCUAGUUGGACCACGUUCUCAACUGAAGACCCCAAUGCAGCAUGGAACUUGCAGUUAGACAAAGUCUACACUCCGUCAUGCCCUUACGCAUAUUGCGACGGAGGCGAAACUUGGCACAUGACCGGCCACCUUUGCAUCCCAAAAAGAUGUUGUUGACUUGUACACUGCCUUUAUUUGUAUUCCUUUCUAACUGUUUUCCUUUUUAUCCGGCCGUGUGUUUUUAUCCGGUGUGUCAGUUUGUGUGUGUGUUUCUUUUCAUCAGGUGUGUUUUUAUUUGAUAUUUCUAUGAUAGUACUGCAUUUUCAAUGCAAGAGCUAGUAAUGGCCACAGAGUUGUAUAAGUAGUAUUGCUUGAUGCUUCCAA